AUGGACAAAUAUGAAGUAGAAUAUGAAGAUGAUCCAAAUGACUCAGCUAUUCCAAAUAUACAGAAGAUAACACGCGGUAAUAAUACAUUGCCUGAAUAUGAAAGUGUAUAUUGGAAAGAGUAUCUUCACUCACUAACAACUUUUCAUCAAGUACAAGAUGAAAUAAUUAAAAAAGUUAAAUAUUUAGAACCAUGGGAACAUGGUUCUCGAAAUCCAAAUUCUUCAUGUAUAGGAGUACGAGGUGUUUCAGCUGGUGGAAGAGUAACUACUGCAUUUUGUUUAUUAUACAAAUUAUUUACUUUAAAAUUAACUAGAAAACAAAUCGUUUCCAUGAUUAAUAAUGAUCAAAAUACUUAUCUAAGAGCUAUCGGAUUUUUAUAUAUUCGGUAUUGUCAACCACCUAAGGAUUUGUAUGAUUGGUUUGAACCUUAUUUACAUGAUAAAGAUGUUAUAUUAAUAAGAUCCAGAAAUAAAGGUGAAAUAACAAUAGGAGAAAUGUUAAAGAAUUUACUAACAAACCUUGAUUUUUAUGGAACAUUACUUCCAAGAAUACCAAUACCAAUACAAACAUCUAUUGAUAAAAAAAUUGGAAUUGGUGAUAAAGGAAAUUAUGCAAGAGAUAAAAGUGGGAAAUAUUCAACUUCAGAAAAGAUUAAUGAUUUAAAAAGUCACUCAAAAAGACAUCGUCGUGGUAGUCGUAGUCCUAAUGACACUAGAAAAGAUGACAAAAAACAUCGUUCUCGUUCAAGAUCGUACGAAAAAAAUUGGGAUAGUUAUCCAUCAAAAUUAAGUACAAUUAAAGAUAAGAUAUGUUCUCAUCAUCGAAGACACCACCAUUGUUCAAAACACCAGCAUACUUGUCCUAAAAAAUUUAAAAAAUAA